AUGAUUUACGGUCUGUUAGAAAAGAAGGGGCGCAACUGCAGCCUAAUCAAGGCAACUCACAGUCAGAGUCACAAUCACAGUCACAGGGUGAACAUGAUGGAUCUGUUAGAAAAGAAGGGGUGCAACUGCAACCUGAUCAAGAUAACUCACAGUUACAGUUAUAAUCACAGUCACAUUCACAGCUGCAAGGCACAAAGUAGCAAGAAGCUUUUUGGAUGACAUUCUUUUUAAUCUCAUUCUCAAGUGUUUGUUGUUGAGGCUAUAUGUUAUAUGUUAUAUGUUAUUAUGUAUUGCUUGUAGAGUAUGUACAAUAUAUGUUAGGCUUUUGAUUAUUUUUUAUGUUAAGUUAAAAAGGCUUAGAUAUUUUAAACGAAUAUUCAC